CGUCCUCCGACUCAGUAGGCAGCAGCAAUAUGCCAUUUAGUGGUUAUAUCGGCGAAUUACAUGAAUAAGAAGGAUUUCCGGCCAGAUGGCGGCGUCUGUGGAAGGAUCACAUGUGAGCUUAGAAGAACCCGUUGGUUCAGCAGAGGAGGAUGCAUCCGCUGGUGACAGCAGUGCGGAUGGAGAAAGUGAUGAUGGAGGUUCUGAAGGAGAACGGGAGGAGGAGGGUGAUGGAGAGAGUGAGGGAGAAGAAAAGGAAGAAGGUGACGGAGCGAUGGAAGGAGAACAGGCGGAAGGGGACGGGGACAACCCCAAUGCAGGAUGGGCAGAAGCCAUGGCUAAAAUCCUGCAGAAGAAAACUCCUGAGAACAAGGCUGGCAUCCUAAUAAAGAAUAAGGCACUGGAGAAAGAGAAGGAGAAAAUAAAGAAGGAACAGCUGGAGAAGAAGAAACAGGUGGAUAAGAAGCGGGCGUGGGAGAUGAUGUGUCGGGAGAAGCCGGAUGUGGUAAAAGACCGAGAGACUGAGAGAAACCUGCAAAGGAUUGCCACCAGGGGCAUGGUGCAGCUCUUCAAUGCCGUGCGGAAACACCAGAAGAACAUGGAGGAGAAGGUGAAGGAGGUGGGGGGGUCGGAGAGGAAACGGGCCAAGCUUCUGUCCUCCGUGUCCAAGAAGGACUUCAUCGACGUGCUGCGGGGAACCGAGUCCACUGGGGAACAAGGCUCCAGAAGCAACAAAAAAGUGGUCGGCCAGCCUGCAGAAGAGACGCCAGCGUGGAGUGUUCUGAAGGACGACUUCAUGAUGGGCGCCUCCAUGAAAGACUGGGACAAAGAGAGCGAGGAGGAGGCGCAGGAGGGUCCAGGGGACUACAGCAGCGAUUCGGACUGAAGAGGCAUGCGUGUUAGUGCACGCCUGUGUCAGCGCGCGUGUUCCUUUGUGUGCGCGUGUCUAAGAGACAAAGGAUGGGACCCAUUUGCUCUUGGUUCUGGUCUGUCUCUUCUUUAUGAGGGAGAACCUGAUGGGAUUGAGACUUGUCUUUCUUCUUUGCAUCAAGAUAUCCCCUACCAAACCCAACACUGAUAUUUGAGUAUUGUAUGUUUUUUUUUUUUGGGGGGGGGGGGUUUCCAUCUUUCAUUUUGUUUUUAUGUGGAAAAUAUUUUUUUCUUGAGUGCUAUGAAGUAAGUUAUAUGGCCUAAUCCUAGUCAGUCAAAAUUCCCAGUGAGGUCCUUACAUGCACUCUGUUUAAUAUCCUUAGUGCACAGGUGUUCCAUAUAGAGUAAUGUUUUACUUUAAUAUCUGUUCCUGGUAGGGGGCAGAGCUACAGGGAGAUGUACUGUAUGCUUAGUCUGUAUGGUAUUCCCAGUACCAUUAAUGAGUGUUCUGAUUUGUUUAUGAGCGAUUUCACCAUUUGUCACAUUGGACAGGCAGAGCACUGUCCGCAGCAAGGAUUUUGUAGUGCCUCAUUUUUAAUAAUGAAAUUCUGUAAACUUGUAUGGAGAACUUAUCCAUGAAAGAUGCCAACUUGGUAUUAUUUUGUAUAAAUGUUUCCAAGUGGAAAAUGUUCUGAAUUGAGGGGUAAAUAAAAUUACCUUUGUUUACCUGCA